AUGGAGUGCUUAGCGGUUUUCAAUAAUUGUGGUGGGUUUCAGCCAAACAUCAAUUUUUGGCUGAAAUUUUCCGGUUCAGGCAUGAAAUUUCAUGAUUUUCCAGGAAAAUUCCCUCCAGAAUCGGAUUUUAGCGCAAGAAAAAUUUGACGAUAGGUUCCCCUGCGCGAGAACCCGAAAAUUUCAGCAAAAAUCGAUUUUUGGCUGAAAUUUCCAGGUUCAGGCAUGAAAUCUCGUGAAAAUUGAGGUUCUGGGGGGAAUUUUCAUGAUUUUUCAGGUUUUGAAUCCGAAAAAUCCAUGAAAAUUCACCCGGGAACCUGAUUUUGGCCAAAAAAAAAAAUUGACGAUAGGUUCCCCUGCGUGAGAACUCGAAAAUUUCAGCCAAAACUCGAUUUUGACUGAAAUUUCCAGGUUCAGGCAUGAAAUCUCGUGAAAAUUUAGGUUCUGGGGGGAAUUUUCAUGAUUUUCCAGGUUUUGAAUCCGAAAAACCCAUGAAAAUUCACCCGAAAACCUGAUUUUGACCAAAAAAAAUUGACGAUAGGUUCCCCUGCGCGAGAACUCGAAAAUUUCAGCCAAAAUCGGUUUUUGACUGAAAUUUCCAGGUUCAGGCACAGAAUGUCGUGAAAAUUUAGGUUCUAGGGGGAAAUUUCAUGAUUUUCCCACAGAGUGUAAUUUACUACCCGAAAAAUUUCGCGCAUUUUUUGAGACCUGACACGAUCUUAGGGGUGGGACAAAAAUCGACGAAAUUCAACGCAAAAACGAGAGAUUUAGAGAAAAAAUUAUUUUUGAUCUACCCAAAAAUUAAUGAAAAAUUUGAGGUCUAGCGAUUUGAGGUAGUAAAUUACACCCUGUGUUUCCUGGUUUUCGAACUGAAAAAUCAUGAAAAUUCACCCGGGAACCUGAUUUUGGGCAAAAAAAUUUGACGAUAGGUUCCCCUGCGCGAGAACCCGAAAAUUUCAGCAAAACUCAAGAUUUUGCUGAAAUUUCCAGGUUCAGGCAUGAAAUUUCGUAAAAUUUCACCAUUCCCAGUUGAAAAAUCACGAAAUCCCCGAAAUUUCCAGCCAAAAAAUGUGUCAAAAAGUGUGCGGCUCUGGAAACCGACAAAUCCGCCAGCAAAUGGCUCUCACGAUGUUUCAUCGGCUUCUUUUCGCUAGUCGCGAGCGUUUUUGCCUACGGAGCACUCUUCAAAAUCAUACCCUAUGAGAUAAGGUGCGUUUUGACUGAAAAUCUCCAAAUUUCAGCCUGAUUUUCAGCGUUGCUCCCUCGUAUUUCUCAAUUUUCUGGCGACUUUUAAUGUUCGUCUAUUUGUUCUACACAAUCAUUUUUCACUAUUCACAGUGUAUUUCAAACGAGCCGAUCAAAGUUCCGCAACUGGGAAGAGAGGGAAAAUAUUGUCAUAAGUGUGAUAUUGUGAAAUGUGCACAAACUCAUCAUUGUCCGGUUUGUGAUAAGUGAGUUUGGCUGGAAAUUUGGGAUUUUUAGAGUCCAGAUAAGCCUGGGCUCAGAUUUUUCAAGUUCAGGCUGGAUUUCUUCGCUAGAAAAAUUGACGAUAGGUUCCCCUGCGCGAGAACUCGAAAAUUUCAGCCAAAACUCGAAUUUUGACUGAAAUUUCCAGGUUCAGGCAUUUUUUAACUGAAAAUAUCUGAAAUUUCGUACCCCAAGCUUAUUUAGAUUCAAAAAAUCCCAUUUUUCUGAAAUUUUCAGAUUUUACAAGUUUAAGGCUUAUUUUCAGACGAAUUUCCUGAAAUUUCAUCCCAAAACCUUAAAAAAAAAUUGACGAUAGGUUUCCCUGCGCGAGAACUCGAAAAUUUCAGCCAAAACUCGAAUUUUGACUGAAAUUUCCAAGUUCAGGCAUUUUUUAACCAAAAAAAUUUCUGAAAUUUCGUACCCUAAGCUUAUUUAGAUUCAAAAAAUCCCCAUUUUUCUGAAAUUUUCAGAUUUUUCAAGUUUAAGGCUUAUUUUCAGACGAAUUUCUUGAAAUUUCCUGAAAUUUCAUCCCAAAACCUUAAAAAAAAAUUGGCGAUAGAUUUCCCUGCGCGAGAACUCGAAAAUUUCAGCCAAAACUCGAAUUUUGACUGAAAUUUCCAAGUUCAGGCAUUUUUGGACUGAUUUUCAGAUUCUAGAGCGAAUUUUCAUGAUUAUUUAUUCGAGAACUUGAUUUUGGUGCAAAAUUUCAGCCAAACUUCGAGUUUUGGCUGAAAUUUCGUACCCCAAGCUUAUUUAUAUUCAAAAAAUCCCCAUUUUCUGGAAAUUUUCAGAUUUUUCAAGCCUAAUCUCAAAUUUUCAGAUGUAUCUAUCAAUUAGACCAUCAUUGUCCAUGGAUUGGUCAAUGUGUCGGAGCCCACAAUCAAUCAAACUUUGCCAGUUUUCUCUCAUUCAUGUCCCUCGCAUGUAUUUGUUUCUUCGCACUCGCCUCAUCAUUUUGGAUUGCUCAUUUUAAAGAACUCCAACUUGAUAUAAGUAGUCUACUCAAAAAUCUUCAACAAUCUUCGAUUUUGAGCAAAAAUGAUGCGGAGAUGGUUUUGCGAAAUUCAAUUUUGUAUUUGAAUCCGAUAUUUAUCGUAUUUUUUUCCGGAUGUUCAGGAAAAGGCUACGAAAUUACCGUGUUAUUCGGAUUCUUUUUCGUGAUUUUCUUUCUGUUUUUCGUUUUUUGGGUGGCGCAAAUGUGGAAAAUUGCGAAUGGAACUUUUACAUUAAAUGGAGAGAUGUUGAAGAAAUCUGGCGAGAAAUUGAAUUUUCAAACAAUUUCGCAUAGAUUCCGGAAAUAUUAUGGAGUAAGAUAUAACGAGUCUUUUUGGAUGGCGUUUUUGAUUCCGGUCAAGAGGGAAAAUAUGCAUUUUCAUGAUUAUUAGAGGAUUUUUAAUGAUAAUUUACUUGUUUUUCAAAAUUUAAGAAAGGUUAAUAAAUAUUUGUGCACAAUAGAAAAAAUUGCAUUUUUUACAACGACACUCCGCUUGCCCGCUGUUUAGCGCAACACGAGAGUAUUUUCAUUUUUCGUUUUUUUUCGCUGGGUUUAAACGUUUUCCGUCAAAAAUUGAAUUUUUCAGAUGUUCUACAAGGCUGGAAAUGGAAAAUCCGAAGAAAUGUGGGUUUUUUCUAGAGAAACACGGUUUGAAUUGAAAUUUUUGAGUUUUCAGGGUCAAAAAUGAUUUAAAAACGUGGAAAACUUCGAAUUUUCGUGUGAUUUGA